AUUGCUGCCAACUUUUAAAGGGAUUUUACUAAAUAUUUCAUUUCAUCUGCUAGAAAGUGAUAAGUAAAAAUAAAAUGAUAAACAAUUAAGAACUCUCAUUCUCUGAAGAAUAGAAUCAAAUACAAUCUAAUCAUUUACAAUCAAGCAAUAUAUAAUAACAAUCAUCAGAAUUGGUAAAGCCUUAAACUUAAGAAAUAACAUAACCAUAAGAAGACCUUCCUAAUCCAUCUUCAUAAAUUUAAGAAGGUUCUUAAUGUUAAGAUAUCUCUUAAGAUUAAUAAAUUAGUACAUUGUCUCCAUACAUAAUAAAGUUAUCAGAUGCAAAAUAAUUAUAUAAAACUAUGGCAAUUAAAAAAGAUAAUGAAAAUGUAUUCAAUAAAAUAGCAUCUACAACAAUGGAUUGUUUACCAAUGAAACUAUUUCAUAUUGGAACUAGAAGUCAUUAAGGAAGUUUCAUUAAUGGAGAUUAAUGUGAAAGAAUAAUUGAAAUCAAAACUAUUGGUAAAAAUAUAAUAUUUUAAAAUGAUUCUUAUGAAUUAGCCAUAUUGGAAUGGAAACCAAGGUAUUCCAUUUAAUUUUAUUUAUAGAGCUGAUGGAGUUAAACCUAAUAAUUCAGGAGAGUUAUUAAAAUAGGUGCAGAACUUAUAUCCAGAUUUACUUUAAAAAUAUUAUGAUCAAAUGAGAAAGGAAUGA